AUGAAAGCUAUUUUCAAUUAUUUAGUAGUCAUAUUAUGUCUAUUAGCACUAGUUAACUCUCAGCAAUCUAUAUCAACUCAAACUAAUGAAAUUGUUCAUGUUGAGAGACCAGUGAAAAACUCAGCAGGUCAAACUUUUAUUAAAGUCUUCAACGAGCUUGCAUUUCAUGUAUGGGAUGGUUUCCAAAAUGGUUUCUACUAGAUGAAUGAUCAUAAAAGAGGCAAGUGCUUCGGACCAGCUGGAGUUGAGCACCUUAACAAUUUACUAUCAGUCUUUGGUACUAGUGGAAAGACUGAGUUCUACUCAAAUUUAAGUAGAUUUGUUCGCCACUUCGUCUAUUUCCUCAAGGAUGUGAGUAGGAACUGUCAAUUCUAAAGGAUUAAAAAUGAUUUGGAAGAGUUCUGUGUAGAGCGUGAAAGAUGCAGCAGCAGAGACAUAAUGACUAAUCUUCUAGUAGGGUUCCCAAGAAUCUCAAAGUUAGUUGAUGAAAUACUAAACUCUUCCUCUGGAUUGGGGUUGUUCACAUUUUACGUAGAUGAAUUCGCUAUUGCAAGCAGCGUGGGAAACAAGGUAGGAGAGAUUAUUAGAGUAGUCUUUGACUUCGACUAUUGA